AUGAAAGGUAAGUAUUUAAUUAAUUACUAUAUAAUUAAUAGUACAUAUAUAUUAUGAUUAUGAAAUAUAUAUUAUAUUUAAGAAAAAAAACCUGAAUAUUACUUAACUUUAAGAAAUGGAAUGAGUUUUUUUUUAAUUCGAUUCAUCUAUUGUAAACAUCAAGAUAUUUUUAUUUUGAAAAUUGAAAUUUUCCGUUAAAGCUUGUGUGUUUAUUUUGAAAAUUUCUAGCUUGUUCUAUGUGUUUGCUUCGGAGAAAUAUAAAUGUAAAUGACAAUGAUUGAAGUGGUUGAAUAGAAUUUUAUAGUAAUACGUAUGAUUUAUAUUUUAUAAGUUCGUUUAAAGAUAUUAAUUGAAAAAAAGUCAUAAAUUGUAAUAAAAAAUUCUUUUAUCGAUAUGUUUGUUAUGUGAAAUAUUAAUUACUUAUGGAUUACUUUGGUAAUAGUAUAUACUAGUUCUUAAUUGAACAAAUUUUAUAUUUUAUAUGUUUAAUGACAUAACAUUGAUAAUUUUCUUUACUUUUUUCUUUAGCUAUUUUUAUUUUUAAAUCUUACAAUUAGCAUUACAUCAUAUUCGAUGUAUUUACUUUGCCGAGUUUGUAAAAAAACUGAAAUAAUAUUAUUUAAUUUCAAAUUUUUGUUUCAUGCGAUAACUUAUUUCCCAGUUGACUUGUUUAGCUAAUGUAAAUAAUUUUUAUCUUGUUAGAGUAUAAAUGUGGACGACUCGUCGUUGAAGGAAAAACUAAAAAAGUGUACGAAGUUCUAAACUUCUCUUCUUUGUAUCUCUUGCAAAGCAAAGAUCGUAUUACUACUGCAGAUGGUGAAAAAUCUCAUGAUCUAAAAGGAAAAGCUGCGAUUAGCACAGCUACCUCAGCUAAAGUUUUUCAAUUGCUAAAUGAAGCUGGAAUAAGAACUGCUUUUAUGGAAGUAGUAAAUGACACUGCUUUUAUUGCACAAAAAUGUGAUAUGGUGCCAAUAGAAUGGGUCACUAGAAGAUUAGCUACUGGUAGUUUUUUAAAAAGGCAUCAAGGAGUUCCAGAAGGACAUCGAUUUAAUCCACCAUUACAAGAAACAUUCUUUAAAGAUGAUGCUAAUCACGAUCCGCAAUGGUCAGAGGAACAAGUUAUUUCUGCUGGUUUUAAAUUGAAUGGUCUUACAAUAGGGAAAUAUGAAUUUGACAUUAUGCAACGUACUGCUCUUGUUGUAUUUGAAAUUUUGGAAAAGUCAUGGGGAACUAGAAAUUGUGCUCUCAUUGAUAUGAAAAUAGAAUUUGGUGUGAGUGAAAAUCAUGAAAUUAUGGUAGCAGACGUAAUUGACAGUGAUUCUUGGAGGCUUUGGCCGUCUGGAGAUAAGAGAUUAAUGAAAGAUAAACAGGUAUAUAGAAAUUUAGCUACUGUAACUCAAGAAGAUUUGGAUACUGUAAAACGUAAUUUUAAAUGGGUAGCAGAUCAACUUGAUUUCUUCAUUCCAACAACAAGUAGUCUUGUUGUUAUUUUAAUGGGAUCACUUUCUGACAAAGAUCAUUGUGAAACAAUAGCAAAGCAUGCAAAGUCUUUAGGUUUAAAAGUUCAACUUCGUGUAUGCAGUGCUCAUAAAGGUACUCGAGAAACAUUGCAUAUUCUUGCAGAAUACGAAGGUACAAAGGUGGUGUUAAUAGCUGUAGCAGGGAGAAGUAACGGAUUAGGUCCAGUGCUUUCUGGCAACACAUCUCUGCCUGUUAUUAAUUGCCCACCUUUUAAGCCAGAAAACAUUUCGCAAGAUUUGUGGUCGUCCAUCAAUGUUCCAUCAGGAAUUGGAUGCACCACAGUUGCUUCUCCUGAAAGUGCAGCAUUAGCAGCUGCUCAAAUUCAUGCACUGCAUGAUCAUUUGGUUUGGGCACGCCUACGAGUAAAACAAUUAAAAAAUUACAUCACUUUAAAGCAAGCUGAUGCUAAACUAAAAAAUCUUGUUGUGUAA